AUGUCGUUCGCACAAAUCAACCUGGCCUUUCUCCAGCGCAACUUGAACAAGAAGCUUCCCAUGUCAUCUAUUGAGAGUAUAGCAGGGCGUUCACGCGAGGCUAGACAGGUAAGCUACGGUAUACAAGACUUACAUCUCAGUAUUCGGAUUACGAAUCUGAGAUGUUUCGAUGGUGGAUGGCUGCUUUUAUAUGCCGACGUUGACACGUCGUCUGGAAUCUCCGUUUGGUGGCGCUCGCACCUCGAGCUGCCUUACUCUUCGGCCGUAGUCCCAUAUCCUCCUCUAUCGGCCUUUCCGUCCUCGGGUUCUUCGGCUCUCAACAUCAUCCUUCCCUUCCAGACUGUUGCCGCAUUCCAUAGGGUCAAGUUCCAUGCAAUCAAUGCUCACGGACAUCGUGAUUCAACCGUUACCGUGGAUUCAGUGCACUGUCAGCCACCACGAAAGGACAAAAGAAGGCAGAUAGUUCCUGCGCGCUUCGACACGGUUUUAGUUAACGAAGAUGGUGGUGGGACGACAGGUGUUGAUGGGUAUCGUGUUGCACAAGUGCGCACCAUCUUCACGCUGACAAGCCAGGCUACAGCUGCCUUAUUUCGCACACCUGGAAUUUUGCCUACCCACUUUGCAUAUGUGGAAUGGUUCACACGCCAUUCGGGCAGCCUGAAGCAAACCAUGUCGAAGACUUGGAGACUACUAGCUGACCUAUAA